CCCUGUUCUCCCUCCUCCAUUUUUAGUCUUCCAAAAUCCAUUCCAUCGAACAAAGCUCCUCUUUCUCUCCCCUCUCCCCUUCGAAUCAUCGCCGGAGCAGGCCGGGCACGAAUUUGUAGUCGGCAACCACCGUUUCCUGAUUCGGCGCGGAAGGAGAUGAAAUCGCCAUUGCGGAAGUUUCGGGGCCUCUCCCUUCCCCACCACCACAAAGAGAGGAAGGACCAACGCCCGCCGCCCGCCAAGCUCGACGAGCUCGUCGACGCCGCCCAGGAGAUGGUAGAAAUGAGGAAUUGUUAUGAUAGCUUGCUUUCAGCUGCAGCUGCAACAACAAAUAGUGUAUAUGAGUUUGCAGAAGCUAUGGAAGAAAUGGGAACCUGCUUACUUGAGAAAACUGCAUUGGAUUAUGAUGAUGAUGACAGUGGUAGAGUGCUGAUGAUGCUAGGAAAGGCCCAGUUUGAACUACAAAAGUUCGUGGAUAGCUAUCGUACAAAUAUCAUAAAUACAAUCACAAACCCAUCAGAGUCGCUUCUCAAGGAGCUACAAGUUGUAGAGGAAAUGAAGGAUCAAUGUGAUCAGAAACGAGAGGAAUAUGAAACCGUGCGAGCAGCCUAUAGAGAAAAAGGACGAUCAAAGCAUUCCAAAAUUGAAACAUUCUCCACAGAACAACUGCAAGCGUCCUUUCUCGAGUACCAAGAGGAUGCAGCAUUAUUCAUAUUUCGCUUGAAAUCAUUGAAGCAAGGUCAAUUUCUAAGUAUUUUGACGCAGGCUGCUCGUCAUCAUGCUGCUCAGUUGAGCUUUUUCAGGAGAGGGCUCAAGUAUCUAGAGGCUUUAGAACCUCAUGUGAAAGCAGUUGCCGAGAAACAGCACAUUGAUUAUCACUUUAGUGGACUAGACGAUGACACUGAUAAUGAUGAUUAUAGCUCUUACCAGGACAAUCAUAGUGAUGGCAGUGAGUUGAGUUUUGACUAUGGGAUAAACUUUCCUGCUUCCAGAAGUUCAAUGGAUUUGGAUCAGUCUAAUGUGGCGAGUUCCCCGAAACAUCUAAAGGAACAUGAGCAGGAAAAUGCUGAACAAAUGAAGGCAGAUUUUGUCGCCCCUCGAGUGAAGCCGGAGUUUGGCACUCAAUCAGCACCAAUUUUUGCUGAGAAUAUGCUCGAUCCGUCUGUGAGGUUUCAGAAAAUGAAUUCUCCAACGUUCUUGAGUCCACUACAUUCAAGUAGAACAAAUUAUUCCUACAAACUCCCAACACCAGCUGACGACAAGAACACCUCAGCAGAAACAAACAGAUCACCUCAUUCAGAUAAACCUGAGAGCAAAUCUUCCAUGGCAGCCAAUUUGUGGCAUUCCUCUCCACUGGUGAAAGGUUUCAAGCCGAGCUCCUUGUAUAGCGGGCCUGUUAAGAUGCCAUCAAGUACUGAGGGUACAUCAUCACCUUUAGUUUAUUCUUACUCCACUUCGGAUUCUAAGAAAAUGAAGAGGGAAUCUUUUUCUGGUCCAAUUCCAAGCAAAGCCGGAUUAAGCAAGCCCUUGUUUUCAGCUGCUGGUCAGAGAGCAUCAAUGAACUAUCCUCGUGUUAUGUCAGCAAAAUCACAUGAACCAGGUUGGCAGUCAUCUGUGGCUCCGAAAGUCCCUAGGAUAACUUCACUCCCAACAACAUCCCCCAGAAUCAGCGAGCUUCAUGAGCUGCCUAGGCCUCCAUCUGUAGGCACGGCCCGUCCUGGUUUGGUUGGAUAUUCUGGUCCUUUGGUAUCAAGGCGGCAGAUUCCCAAUGUACCAACCCGUGCCUCACCACCAUCACAUACAGCAUCACCACUUCCACGACCACCUGCUGCCAUGACUCGCAGUUAUUCUAUACCUUCAAACAGCCAAAGAACACCUAUUAUUACUGUGAAUAAGUUGUUGGAGGCUAGGCAUAGCAGAGAGAGCAGCGAAGUUUCAUCGCCCCCACUAACACCUAUAUCUUUGGCCGAUGUUUCCCGCAAAUCACCAGUAACAACUAUAGACAAGAGAAGGAUAAAGGAAACGUCGUGAGCACUCGCAAGUCCAAACCUGUUUAUAACUGUAGGCAAUUUUGUAUGUAAUACUCCCUUCAUUUCACAAAGGUUGGCGGAUUUCGUUUCGUUAAGACAAGCCUUUCACUAAGAAUUACUGUAUUAACAUGUUAGUUAUAUGAUAUGAAACCAUGAUCAUUAGUAAGAACUUUUAAAAACAAAUCCAUUGAUAUAAAUUUCAUGUAUGAAAAAAAUACAUAUCAAUAGAGUUUUCAUUGGUCAAAGUCUUGUCUUAACGAAACAAAAUACACCACCUUUGUGAAAAGUUUGCAUUCUAGGUUUCCUUUGAUACUCUUGUACUUUUGGUGGAAGAAGGUGAAACAAAGAUAGCAAUAUUUUACUCCUCAUUCUCUAAUGACCUACUUUAUCUCCUUUAGCUUUUUUUUAACCUACUCGUUUUAUUUAAUCCAGUUUAUACCUGCAAAAUCAA